AUGGAGACUGUUCAGAUCACCUUAAAUGUCCAGGAAGGAGAAUGGCAUGCUAUUGUUGGGCCAGUCGGCAGUGGAAAAUCGUCAUUGCUGUUGGCUAUAUUAGGUGAAAUGACCCAACUCGAUGGUUUGCGAAAGGUUGGUGGUACGGUAGCCUAUGUGUCACAGUCGGCAUGGAUUCUCAAUCAAACUGUCAGAGCAAAUAUUCUGUACGGCCUGGACUAUGAACGUAAUAGAUAUGAUAAGGUUUUACGAGCUUGUGAGCUCAAGAAAGACAUCUUCUCAUUACCGCGAUGUGAUGCUACUAUGUUGGGAGAAAAUGUGAGUUCAUCCAAGUUCCUCUUGGAUAGCUGUUAGUA